UGCUCAGUAAGCAACACGUCUAUGGCGUCCAUUCGUCUGGUUUCCCACACCACCAUCCAUCUUCCGGAGAAGACAGAAAGAUCAAUAUGGGAACUAACAGUCACAAAGGUGGCCAUGCUCAAACAGAAGGGCCUCCUCUUCCCCAAACCCUCUACUGUGUUUGAUGCAGUCGCUCAGCACCUCCAGACCUCCCUCUCCCAUUGCCUCAUCCAUUUCCCCUUUUUGUCUGGUCGGUUAGCCACCGAUGCAGAGACCACCGUCUUCGUGGAUUGCAACGAUGCCGGAGCGCAGUUCAUCGUCGCCAAGGCUGACGGCCUGCACAUCUCUGAUUUGAUGAACGUCGUCCAUGUCCCCCUCAUUGUCAGGUCCUUCUUCCCCAUGGAUGGUGCCAUCAACUAUGAUGGGUAACGGAGUUGGAGGACGGUGUCUUGAUAGGG